AUGAACGCAUCCAAAUAUCUACGCUCGGUUCAGCGCACAUUCAAGCAAGCAUUCCGACCUCUACAACCCCAUAACCGGAUAUGUCAACCCGCAGCAAGACCAUUUCACAUUCCAGCACUCCGCAAGCAACCAGCACAUCGACUCGUGUGCAGACUCGCACUCCAGGCCCGACGUCACCAAUCGACAGGCGAGAGACCGCUUACAGACCGCGAGCAGGAAGCCAGCAAGCAGGAUACCACAGAUGCCGAUGCAAUAGCGAUGCGCAAGGCGCUCUCCCCAGCAUACCAGCUCUGGUUCACCUGCAAAAAGUGCCUCGAGCGCUCUGGCCAUACCAUCUCGAAGCAGGCAUAUCACUUUGGAACAUGCGUCAUCAACUGUCCGAAAUGUAAAAGCCAGCACUUGAUCUCCGAUAAUCUGAAGAUAUUUUCUGAUACAAACGUGACCAUGGAGGAUAUUGCGAAAGAACAUGGCCAGCUCUUGAGAAAGGGACGGCUAGGCGUUGAUGGCGACAUCGAAUUUUAUGACGAUGCUGCUACAAAGACUGUCGAAGAUGCCGCCGCGGAGUAUCUGAAGAGAGGGCCUUCUUAG